GACUUCGUUCGGUGCUCCGGCGGUUUAAGGGACCCCCCACUAUCUUAACCCCACUUUGCUGCCCACGCUCCACUUCCAUUAAUACUCAUGACGUUCGCAACGCUUUUCAUCGAUUUUCCUGGGAUAUAUUUAGAUGCGCAGUUAGCGAGCAGCCAAACAUCCACCCACAAUAUUCAAAUGAUGAGCGCCAAGUGCUCGAAUACAGCUGAUAAGCCCUAUAGGAGUAGUUCAAGUCGCGUCCAGUCGCAUGACUCACGGCUAUAUUGAGUGGCGGUUCCGAAUCGGAUUCGACUGCGAACCCGUUUGAAUUGCACGAGUUGAAGGCGGAUAAUCGAAUCGAACGAGAGAAGCAAAACAAGCCAAAUCGGAAAACAGUAUGAAAAUGGUGUUGUCGCAGCGGCAGCGCGAGGAGCUUAACCAAGCGAUUGCCGAUUAUCUGGGCUCAAAUGGCUACGCCGACUCAUUGGAGACCUUCCGCAAGGAGGCCGAUCUCAGCACAGAAGUGGAAAAGAAGUUUGGCGGACUGCUGGAGAAGAAAUGGACGUCCGUCAUUCGGCUGCAGAAGAAAGUGAUGGAAUUAGAGGCUAAGCUCACUGAAGCUGAGAAGGAGGUCAUCGAGGGCGCGCCCACAAAGAACAAACGGACGCCUGGCGAGUGGAUACCUCGGCCGCCAGAGAAGUUCUCCCUAACCGGUCAUCGUGCCAGCAUAACGAGGGUAAUUUUUCACCCCAUCUUUGCUCUAAUGGUUUCCGCAUCCGAAGACGCCACCAUUAGGAUUUGGGACUUCGAAACAGGCGAGUACGAGCGCAGCCUAAAGGGACACACGGACUCGGUGCAGGAUGUGGCAUUCGAUGCCCAGGGCAAGCUUUUGGCCUCCUGCAGCGCGGACUUGUCCAUCAAAUUGUGGGAUUUCCAGCAGAGUUAUGAGUGUAUCAAAACCAUGCAUGGUCACGAUCACAAUGUCUCGUCGGUGGCCUUCGUGCCGGCCGGAGAUUAUGUACUCUCUGCAUCACGGGACCGCACUAUUAAAAUGUGGGAGGUGGCCACAGGCUACUGUGUGAAAACCUACACAGGCCAUCGAGAGUGGGUGCGAAUGGUGCGAGUGCACAUCGAAGGCAGCAUCUUUGCCACAUGCUCAAAUGAUCAGACAAUACGUGUUUGGUUGACGAAUUCAAAAGACUGCAAGGUUGAAUUACGCGAUCAUGAGCAUACUGUGGAGUGCAUUGCCUGGGCGCCGGAAGCCGCAGCCUCUGCGAUAAACGAGGCAGCCGGAGCAGACAACAAGAAGGGCCAUCACCAGGGCCCGUUCCUGGCCUCCGGCUCUCGCGACAAAACCAUUCGCAUUUGGGACGUGAGCGUCGGCCUGUGCCUGCUUACCCUGAGUGGCCAUGACAACUGGGUGCGUGGUCUGGCAUUCCAUCCUGGUGGCAAAUACUUGGUGUCGGCCAGCGAUGACAAGACCAUUCGGGUCUGGGACUUGCGCAACAAGCGAUGCAUGAAGACGCUAUACGCGCAUCAGCAUUUCUGCACCUCCAUAGAUUUUCACAAAGCGCAUCCGUACGUAAUUAGCGGUAGCGUAGAUCAAACAGUUAAGGUCUGGGAAUGUCGUUAAAUUAAGGAAGACUCGGCAAGGGUUCUGCUUACUUCUCAAUUUAAACAUAAAUAAAGCUAAUAUAUUAAAUCACAUACCCACACACACACACGAGCAGUCUCGGCCACCUCCGCGGAAGUUUAUUUUCCAGACGCUUUCUGUGUCAGCGUGAAAUGAACAUAUUGUAUUUUAAAACUGAAUGAAACUGGCGAAAACGAAUUAUUUAUUUAAUUGUACGACCUUCUAACUAAACUAACUACCUACCUACUAUACAAAGUACAUAAACAUAAUGCCCAAAAAAUACCUACAUACGAUUAUCGUUUAAAGUUAAAGGCGUCCCCUCCAUUAUAAACCAGCACUGGCUCGCUAAACAAACAGGCAUCCUAACUUGAAUUUGUCGUAGAAUUCGAUGAGAAUGAAACGUAUUUACAAUGGUAAAAUGUAUUUCAUUCGACGGCUAGUACCAUGUGUACCAUGUGGCGCAGAAAUGUUUUUCCAUCCACAAAUGUACCCGAGCACUCGCACUCACUUGAAAAAAAUUCAAUGACGUUGAUGUGUUUUAGUGUUUGCAAUGUAUGCAUAAUAAUAGCUAAAUUCGCUGAAAAAAAUAUAUAAGCAAGAAAGUAUUUGAACAUCUAAGAAAACUUGUACUCACAAAAAGAAGUUUGUUAAUGAGAAUUACUUGGAGGAGUGCAACAUGCUUUUUAUCAUAAUUGAGGUAGUUUUUACGAUAACAGUUUGCUUCUUUUAACCGUAUUCACUUUACACAAUUCCUGUUUUGUGUUCUUUUUCGCGAAAGGAUCUUCAACAAAAACAAAUACCUUUCAAAAUGCUUACAAAUUUAAGUUGGCUUUAAGUUCAAAAUAUAAUUUACUUUUACGGUUUACAUAGUAGAAAAAUGCUGCAAAUUUAUUUGUAAUUGUUUAUUUAAGAGCAACGGCAAAAAAUAUACCUAUAUAUAAAUAUACUAUAAAUAAUUAUUUGUGGAAAACCGAGAAAUCAUAUAGAUGUAUCUGAGAAAACAAAAACGAAACGCAGAAAAAUCCAUCAAUUAGAAGAAACGAUUUUUCGGAUUCAAAGAAAUCUAAUUAUUGAAAACAAUAAAAACUUGCUUCUUCAAGAAACCAGAAAAAAAAUAUGUUUAUACCCAGAACUUAAAACGGUGGAUUCCUGUCAAGGGUAUAAUUAAUGUAUUGACUUUGUAUUGCCUUCGAUGUCAAAUUUUGAAAGCAUUUAUUAUACUCGAAAAUGCAACAUUUGAUGCACCUUAUAAAUGUAAGACAGCAAAAAACAAAAUGCGCACUAAGCCACGACAACUCAAUGCAUAAUUCGCAAAACGCUUUCUUCUCAACCAAACUGCUUUAGAAAGAUGGCCUCAGAUGAAAACCCCUAGAUACUGGCGAUGUAUAGAAAUCGCUUAAUAUAUAUAUUACAAAAGUACUAUAAAUAAAA